ACGAACCCGGCUUGCUGCGUGCACGCCGGGAAAGCGUUCUCCAAGCGGUUCUGGGCUGGUCCCUGGGCUGUUUUUCUUAUCUUGUUUUCCUGAUCAUCACUGCUCCAUAGGAGUGUUUGAUUUUCUGCCCAGCUGAUAGGGAAGUCUGAUUGUUGACAUCCUCACCUCUUCCAGGAUUCAAGAGAAGACCAUUUGGUAUGCAAGAUCUUGGAAUGCAUGUCAGCUUUCAGAGGUGAUGCUGGAGAUUUGUAAAGGAGAACUAUGGAUUUGAUAAAAUUGAAGUGCGAGAUAAUGGUGAGGGGAUUAAGGCGGUUGAUGCACCUGUGAUGGCAGUGAAGUACUACACCUCAAAAAUAAAUAGUCAUGAAGAUCUUGAAAAAUUGACAACUUACGGUUUUCGUGGAGAAGCUUUGGGGUCAAUUUGCUGUGUGGCUGAGGUCGUAAUUACAACAAGAACGGCUGCUGAUAAUUUUAGCACCCAGUAUGUUUUAGAUGACGGUGGCCAUAUAGUUUCUCAAAAACCAUCUCAUCUUGGUCAAGGUACAACUGUAACUGUGUCAAAAUUAUUUAAGAAUCUGCCUGUAAGGAAGCAAUUUUAUUCAACUGCUAAAAAAUGUAAAGAUGAAAUAAAAAAGAUUCUAGACCUGCUCAUGAGCUAUGCUAUUCUGAAACCUGAGUUACGGAUCAUUUUUGUACAUAAUAAGGCAGUUGUUUGGCAUAAGACUAGAGUAUCAAAUCAUAAGAUGGCUCUGACGUCUGUUCUGGGAAUUGCUACUAUGGAACAUAUGGAAUCCUUUGAGUACCAUUCUGAAGAAUCUCAGAUUUACCUAAGUGGAUUUCUUCCAAAACUUGAUGCAGAUCAUUCUUUUACUAAUUUAUCAACCCCAGAAAGAAGUUUUAUCUUUGUAAAUAAUCGGCCAAUACACCAAAAGGAUAUAUUAAAGUUAAUCCGACAUUAUUACCACCUAAAGUGCUUAAAGGAAUCUACUCGUUCUUAUCCUAUUUUCUUUUUGAAAAUUGAUGUACCUAUCGCUGAUGUGGAUGUAAACUUAACACCAGAUAAAAGUCAAGUAUUAUUACAGAACAAGGAAUCUCUUUUAAUUGCUCUUGAAAAUCUGAUGACGACUUGUUAUGGAUCACUACCUGGUACAAAUUCUUAUGAAACUAAUAAAACAGAUGUUUCCUCAGCUGACAUGAUCAUUAGUAAAACCACAGAAGCAGAUGUGCUUGUAAAUAAGAUAGAAUCAUCUGGAAAUAAUUAUCCAAAUGUUGAUCCUUCAGCUAUUCCUUUCCCAAAUGAUGUGCACAAUUACAAGUCUGGACAAAGCACUGAUUGUUUAAAUCAUCAGAUACGUAGCGGUGACCAUUACGAUGAUCAUCUUAGUUGUGAAGAUUCUAGCACCGAUAAGAAUGCUAGAAAUGUAUUUCAAGAAACCUCAACAGAUAAUUUAUUCUGUGAUGAUGUGCAGAGCAAUAAAGAAACUUGUCUUCCACAGGCCCAAUCAGAAAAUAGCGAAAAACAUGCAAUAGACAAGAGAGGGGGAAAUGAGGAAGAAGUACUUCCUGAGAAGUCUUUAGAAAUCUGUGCAGAUGACUGGAGCAAGGGACAUGCACUUAAAAACGCAAUGGGAGAAAAUAUUGAGCCUGUGAAAGUGUUAGUACAUCAAGAAAAUCCAGCGUGUGAAAUAAAUAGUAAUAAUAGUCAUCAUGUAAGCCCAGAGCAACUGAAUGUCAGUGAAGGGUCCUGUUUUAAAAAAUCAAAUGUGGUUGAUAACAAAUCUGGACAGCUUACAGCGUAUGACUUAAUUAGCAAUCGAAUAAUCAAGAAGCCUCUGUCAGCAAGUGCCCUUUUUGUUCAAGAUCAUCGUGCUCAGUUUCUUGUAGAAAACCCUAAGAUGAGUUUGGAAGAGGCAACAAUACAGAUUGAAGAACUGUGGAAGACAUUGAGUGAAGGGGAAAAACUGAAGUAUGAAGAGAAAGCUGCUAAAGACUUUGAGCGAUAUAAUAAACAAAUCAACAAAGCCACAGAACAGGAAUCACAGGCACCAUUAAAGGAGGGCAGAAAAAAGAUCAAACCAGCCAGUGUGUGGAAUUUGGCACACAAGCAAAAAUUGAAAACUUCAUUAUCAAAUCAACCAAAACUUGAUGAACUCUUUCAGUCCCAAGCAGAAAAAAGAAAGAAUCAAAACAUUAAAAUAGUACAGGUCUCCUUUUCUAUGGAAAACUUAAAAAAGCAAAUUGAGAAACACAAAAAGUCUGACUUAGAAGAAAAAGGUGAAUUUUAUUUGGUCCACAAUCUCAAGUUUCUUGAUGCUUGGCUAAUUACAUCCAAAACAGAGGUAAUGUUAUUAAAUCCUUACAGAGUGGAAGAAGCUCUGCUUUUCAAAAGACUUCUUGAGAACCAUAAACUUCCUGCAGAACCACUGGAAAACCCAAUUAUAUUAACAGAGAGUCUUUUUAAUGGAUCUCAUUAUUUAGAGAUUUUACAUAAGAUGACAACAGACGACCAAAAGUUUGGUGUACCAACUUACCUCUCUGAUCCUCGUCUUACAGCAAAUGGUUUUAAGAUAAAAUUGAUUCCAGGAAUUUCUGUUGCUGAGAACUACUUUGAAAUAGAAGGAAUGGCUAAUUGUCUCCCAUUCUAUGGAGUAAUGGAUUUAAAAGAAAUUCUUAAUGCUAUACUAAAUAAUAAUGCAAAGGAAGUUUAUGAAUGUAGACCUCGUAAAGUUUUAAGUUAUUUAGAGGGAGAAGCAGUUCGUCUAGCUAGACAGCUACCCAUGCAUUUUUCAAAAGAUGAUAUUCAAGAUAUUAUCUACAGAAUGAAGCAGCAGUUUGGAAAUGAAAUCAAAGGAUGUGUUCAUGGGCGCCCCUUUUUUCAUCAUUUAACUCAUCUUCCAGAGUCACCAUGAU